GGGCUUUGGCAAACAAGGAUUUCAAUGUCAAGUUUGUUCCUAUGUGGUGCACAAGCGCUGUCACGAGUAUGUGACGUUCAUAUGCCCGGGCAAGGAUAAGGGAAUCGAUUCCUUUUCUCACCUAUUCCCAGGCCCAUCAGAUGCCGCACAAAUGGCAGCAUAUCUCYUUCCUGUCSCCGAUGUUUUGCGAUCAUUGCGGCUYGCUGCUGCACGGCAUCACCCAUAA